UAAGUUGCUAAAAACGGCAAAGAUAUUGCGGUAUCUGUCGUCGGUGUCCUUAAAAAUAGAAUUACGAUGAUUAUCAAUGCAUAUUAACACAAACAACAUAAAUAUCAUAUGUUACAGAUUUUAAUUUGUAAGUAGCUUACAAUAAAAAGGCGCCAGAGUAUAGGUCUAAUACAAAUAAAUAAAAAAAAAACAAAUAAGGAUGCCACUCACUUAUCAAUCGAUAGCUACCAUUUAUCCUUCACAAAAUUCAAUAACAUUGUUUAAAGCUAUUCAGAAAUUGAAACAUUUUUUAAAUAUAGUCUAUAUUUAUAUACAUGCAACUUACAUGAUGAUAAUUCUGUAACUAUACGCUUGAGUUCUACUGUCCCAGGUCCACUGCACCUGUGUGCCGUCUUUAAAUGACGCUCACGCAGGUACCUUGCGUCAUGCGCAGAGGCGGAAACGCGGAAGCAACAUUCCACGUCACUUGAGGUGGAUUUAGCGCGAGCGAGCGAAGAUUCCGACAGGAGAAUUAAGCGCUUUGACGUGAGACUCGCCGGAUGUGAUGCCACGAGCGUUUUGGCUUUACGCUCAAACUGACAGCGAAAGGAAUAUCUGCGGGUUGUAAACGGAGGAUUCGUCUCAAGAGUGUCUGAUUUGGUGCUCAAUCUUCAUGGGCGAAUCAGGGACACGGCGCUCCACCCUGGUCUCCAGGCUUCCCAUCUUCAGACGCAGUGUGCGAAAGAGACAGGACUCGCUUCCCUCCUCGCCCUCCUCCGGUGGUGUCGGCAAUGGCGUCCACACUUCCUCUCCCUCCAGCACGAACUCCAGCUCCAGCAGCACGAGCAAACGCCGCAGCCUGUUCCGCACUCCGUCACUCAGCUUCCACAGCAAGAGGAACAGCGACCCGACACAGCUCAGCCUGGACAAUCGCAGCGAGGAGUCUGAAGUCGCCUUUCAAGACAGUUGCAUCUCAAAGACGCGGCAUUCGUUCGGAUUCGGUGGACACAAGAAGAAGAUCCCCCGAUCUCAGACAGAAAACCUCGAGAAAGCGUCAGCCAAUCGCAGCGUGUUCAUUAACUGCAUCAGCUCACGGACGAAUGAGGGAGAUGAUUCAGGGUUCCUCGAUGACGUGAGCAGCAAGAGGUCUUCCAAACAUAAGAAGAUGCUGCCCAAGUCCUUCUCAGCUCACCAGCGGUUUUCCAAGAACUCGUCCAAUGUCCCAGACCAGGGUAAAGGUCAGGAUAGUGCAGAAGAGCCUCCUAAAACUGGUACCCCAGGUUCCUGGCCUGGAGAAUUGGCUGAGAGUUCUCUACAGUCACCCAUGAUCUCAGAAGACCGCACCACUGCAAUCACACCGUCCGAUUUCGUUCCCGUCACCGAAGACUCUGUCUCAGAAGUGGACGCUUUGCCGGCCCCCAGUCCAGCUGCUCCACCCGAAACCUUCAGCCAAGCAGUUUCUACCUCACAGGUGUCCAUCACCCCAGCCCAGGCCACCACGGAAAAGCCCUUACUGCCAGAUACCAGCCAAACAGCCAGCACACAGUGCGAGAGCACAACUGCGCAUACAGAACCAGUAACGCUGCAGACGGUGAAAGAGUUGAACCCUAACACUAAUCCUAAUACAAACGCUAACCCUGACCAGUCAGAGGCCAGUGAGAUGGAACAAGUUCCAGAAUUGAGUGAGGACAGCAGCUCCAAUCCAGACACCCGUGAGAGGUGGUCCAGGAACGCUGUUCUCAUCCAGCAGGCAGGAAGGUCAUCGGGCCUGAGCAAACUGGAGACCAGGCCAAGUCAUCUGAGAAAGCCACACACAGUGUCCAUGUGCAGCAGCGUGAGCCCAUAUCAUGAGGUGAUGCGCUUGGAGAGACGUCUACGGUCGGCCUCUGAGGGUGCAGGAGGACCCAGACUUCACCUCAACCUCAGGGAUCCUCACUGCAUGGAGGGCAACACUUUAUCCAAGCAGCGAACCAGUUCCUCAUCCUCUAAACUGGGCAGCCUUGAUGUUUUGAAUAACCUUGGCUCAUCUGAGUUGGAUGAGGAUGACCUGAUGCUGGAUCUCGACCUUUCUGAUGACCAGCGACCUCACCAUGAUCAGUGGUUUCCAGCUGGUUUUACUUCAGGACCCAAAUUACACAUUGGACAAGUGAUGACCAGACAAACCUCACGGGAGGAUUCCAGUCAAUCCCUUGCAUCAUGCCUCAACCUGCUGCCCUCUCCCCUGGAGGCCUCCAUUGACCGGACCCUUGGAAGAGAGCCCAGGGAGCCCUCCCUCAGGGAGCAGCGGCCGAUGUCUCUCUGUCUGUCUCGUGAUGAUGAACCUUUGGCCGGGCUGGAGGCGUUGCCGUUCAGGCUGAUGCAGCAGGACUGCACAGCGGUAAAGACUCUUCUGCUGCGGUUACGCAGGACCCUGCAGGAGAGCACUGAGAUCAGUCCUGCCAGCAGCCUUCACUCUCUACCCAUAAGCCCCUGCAGUGAGAAAUCACUCCCCUUUAAGGAUCCUGGGAGAGAAGAGAACCAGUUCCUACAACAGCAGCUGAAGGAGAAAGACGAGCUCAUUUUACGACUCCAGGCUGAAUUGGAAUCCACCCGUGCUGCUCAGAAAUCUCUUUGCCAAAAAGCUGACAAAAGCACUCAGACAGAUUUCUUACUCUCAGAGGGCCACGCCCGAGUCGGCGCCUCCGCCGUUUCCUCUUGCAGGAGACCAUGUGAGUUUUCUCACCGUGUGUUGUGGUUGUUCGUGGUGUUUCCACUGAAGCAUGGCAUGCUGCUCUGCCACCCAGGGUUUGGGCAACUGGUCCUUCCCUCUGUAAAUCUGUAACCAGCCACUCUCUCCCUUUGUUUUAUCCCCUUCUUGUCUGUUUAUCCGAGUUUCUUUUCUUCUAAAAAAAAAAAAAAAAAAAAUCAACACAGGUAAUCAUUGUGCACGACUGCAUUCUCUACUCUUGGAAGUGCACCAACCGUCCCUUUUGGAUGGCCACGCUCACAAAUGACACUUGAAGAUUGCUUUGAAACACCAUCUGUACGACCGACACUUGUUUUGCAUAUUAUCUCUUUGUGUUUUUUAGUUGGAGUUCUCUAACUGUCUAUCACGCAUUACUCAUCUCCGGUAUCAGCCAGCACCAGCACUUCAAAUUCAACCUAUUGUGUCUGCCUGUUCGAUAUCCAUAACUUAUUAAAUCACAAAGCUUUAAAGUAACAGUUGAGGAAGCACACAGAGCGUAUGUGGACUGUGUGUGCAGCAUUGUAAUCCACCUAGACGGUGGAAAGAACGGUACCCGGCACUCCAUGUGCCCAGGGCGACCGGAAUGGGAAGAUGAAAGCUCUGUGUUUACUCAGGUGGAGAAGCUUUCUGCAGAGAAGCAGCGAGCCUCUGAUGCUUUGAUCCUCUUUGUCUGUUUAUAUUGAUGUGUACAAUUGUGUCAGUCGUACAGAGUGGAAAAAAAAAAAUGGCACGAGAAGAGAGUAUCUGUUCUGAAUUACCAGGCAAUAUUGACCUAUUUGUUAACAGGAAUAGGAACUCCUGGGAUACGACUGACGCUGUUCCAGCGAAUGCGGGCUGUGUGAGAUCCGCAGGCCAUGGAAUGAGUUGUUUCAUGCUUUUGUUCUGGCGUUAGUGUUUAAUUAGCAGAACACUGUCCCUUACCAGUUUGGUCUUUUAUGUUUUUGCCAGAACCCCUCCCUUCUUUGUUUGUUUCUUUUAUUUAUGAGUUCAGCAUGCUUUCGUUUGCGUUAGCCAUUACCCCGACCGUCAUCUGAAGUGUGUGGCGUCUAGACCGAUGCGUUGUAGUUUCCUUUCAGUGAUAAACACCCCUGGGAGUUUGCGUGCCUGCAGUGGUGGGCGAGCAUUUGAAGCGCAGUUCGACUUGUAAUUAAGUGCCGCUCUGUGGCGUUAUGCGCAGGAUGAGAUUGAGAUAAGUGAGCUGGACAGAGGCCAGGAUGUAGUCAGGUGGGCUGAGGUCCCACAUCUCGUUCUCUGCUGGUUCUCGUGCAGACUAAUGAGAUCUCAUCCUUCAGAAGGAUGCACAGUCUCAGAAAAGCUUUGUUGCUAGUCACAUCCUGUAUCCAGACUCAACUCACCUGCGGGGGAAAAGUAGAGAGAUGUGAAUUCAGCAGUGAAAAGAAGACUAGGGAUGGGAAUUGUAAGGGAUUUGAUGGUUUUGUUUCAGAUUCUGAUUCCAUGACCGUUUUUAACUACAUUAUACUAUAUAUUAUAAAUAAUGAACAUGUACAUACAUUGUCUUUCAUUAAUGUAGAUAAAACGUCAUAUCAUUUAUAUAAUUUAACAAGUGCUACUUGUACGUUUUACAAUGAUUUGUAGCUUAAAUAUACAAAAAUGGCCAUGUAUUGUUUGAGAAAUUAGUACCCUUGGUUUAUCACUAAAUACUACAUCAUUAAAUGUAUCAUUAAAUACUAAAAACAUUAAAUACAUUAAAUACUACAAAUUUUGUCUUAUUUUAUUCACCCCCAUGAUAUUUUAAACCUGUAUGAUUUUUUUUUCUUCUAUGGAGGUUACAAUGACAUGAGCAGAAUGACUCGACACCUUUUACUUUUAGUUUAUGGAAAAAAGAUACAGUGAAUGGUGACUGAGGCUGUCACAUCUCAUUUUGCUUUCCACAGAAAAGAAAGUCAUACAGGCUUAAAACAUCAUGAAGCCAAGUAAAUGUAAACUAAAUUUUCAUUUGAGUAGACUACCUCUUUAAAGGUCCAGUGUGUAAUAUUUAGGAGGAUCUAUUGAUAGAAAUGCAAUAUAAUAUACAUAACAUUAUAUACAUAAUGUUUUCAGUGGUGUAUAAAGACCUUACAUAAUGAACCAUUAUGUUUUUAUUACCUUAGAAUGAGCCAUUUCUAUCUACUUACACCGCGGGUCCCCUUAAAUGGAAGUCGCCAUUUUGCACCACCUUGUUUCUACAGUAGCCCUAAAUGGGCUACUGGCUACUCUCUGCGGUCUCAGAUGAUGACAUCUUUGUCCUGUGUCGGCCACCAUAGCUUCCCUAUGUGCUUCAAAAUGGGGGGGGGUGAGCGAUGGACUGAGCCGUUGGUUGCAAUUCGCAACCUCACAGCGAGAUGGCACUAAAAUUUACACACUGAACCUUUAAGUCUUAUAAACAUAGGUACAACAUAAGUUACAUUUUCUCGGUUUAUUUAGGGUUCAAUGAGACCAAAAAUUAAUUGCGGUUCUCUGGUUGAGUCAGAUGUUAAUUCAGUCACAACACCGACUGCAAAGAUGAUUCAUUAAAUAAAGUCUAUUUGACACAUUUGUUUAAUGCAAAAUUUUUAACUUCUGCCACAGUUUUACAGGCAAGGCUUAAGCCCAGUCCCAGACUAAAAUGCAUGUUUGAGCUGUUUUAACUGAAAGCAACUUGUUUUCGUCUCAAGAUGCACACCAGUAAUGUUUUUUUUCUAACGUUAAAGAAAAAGUGCCUUAAUUGAACCUAAAGCCUAAUCCUGGCUUAAUCUAAGCCUUGUCUGUGAAACCAGUAUUUUUUUUUAUAAAGUUGCACCGAAUAAAAACCACUUCUUCAACUCUAGAGAGAAUCCAUAGUCACAAAGGGAUCGUGUGAAAAAGAAAUGGGGGAAGGGAUGGUGGGGAGAGCAAGAGACAUGCGCUUGAAAGUCAGCCAAAAAGAGAAUAGAUUAGGUGUAACACAAAAGGGAUAUAUAGAUUUAGAGUUCUUCUGAGGUUAAUAGAGAGAUAGCAACACAUGCCAGUCAUUAGAAUGGCUAUCCAUCUGGGCUUUCUGUUGAAGAAGCAUCAGGUGGAGUGAGAGUGUGUGGGUGCUGCUGUGGCGUGAGAACAUUCAUCAGCGGGAAGUAGUUGGAGCUCACGAACGAUGUGGGUGUGUCUGAAAUGUUAGAAAUUAUGGUGUAAGAGAGCAUCAAGGCAAGUCCGAAUUGCAUAAUGUUAGCGCUGCACGAUUAAUUGUUAAAAGAUCUAUUGUCUAUUAAACCUUUGCCGCUGAGCCAGAGAGAGCAGUUGGCAUGUCUAGGUAUUAAACAGCUUCACAAACA